AUGCCCAGUGAAGGUAUUGCUGAUGACAUAGCCGCGAAAUAUGAUAACCUAGCUUUAGCUGAUCCGUCAUUUGCGGUGCCUAAUAAUGUGGACUUAUUGCUCGGCGCAGACUUGUUCGCACGUAUACUCGACGGUAAUCGCGUCUCCGUCGGAGAGUCGCUGCCAGUGGCUUUUGGCUCAGUGUUUGGAUGGAUACUUAUCGGUCCAGUCCCCCAGACCAACGAUUAUACUGAAGUGUCUUGCCCUAUUUCUCUUGUGUCGUCGGUGGAAAAUAUAAUUAGUAAAUUCUGGCAAAUAGAAGAACCUGAGGCGGCGCCUGAUGAUUUUACUCACGCCGGUCUCUGCGAAACUAUGUAUAUUGAGAAAAGCUCGCGUGAUGUAUACGGACGUUUUGUGGUACCGUUGUUUUUUUGUCAACCGGUUGCGGACGAUACUUUUUAUGGUUCACGUACAGUCGCUGUACGACGUUUUACGUUUUUAGAGAAAAAAUUACAGACGGAUCGUCAGUUACGUGAGUCUUAUUGUGCCUUCAUGGCAGAAUAUUUGGCCUUGGGCCAUAUGUCUCUUGCUACAUCUAAAGGCUUGUACUUCAUUCCUCAUCAUGCCGUAUAUAAACAUUCAGAAGGGGAUAUAAAAUUAAGGGUGGUUUUCGAUGCGUCGGCUCAAGCAUUUUCCGGAACAUCAUUAAACCAAUGUCUAUACGCUGGGCCAAAAUUGCAACGUGAUGUUAUCGAUGUUUUAACUUUAUUCCGGUUAUCACGCUUUGCCUUUACGGCUGAUAUUAACAAGAUGUACCGCCAAAUUUUAAUGUUACCCGAGCAUCGUUGUUACCAACACAUAUUGUGGCGCGCGUCGCCUCACGACGAGUUACGUGAAUACCAGCUAAAUACGGUAACCUACGGGGUGAACUGUUCGCCUUUUACUGCUAUUAGAGUCUUAUAUAAUAUAGCUGAACAGUAUUGUGGUGAAUUUCCGGCUGUUCGAGAUGCGUUAUUAUUCAGCACGUAUGUAGAUGAUAUUUGUGUAGGUGGUGACACGGUGGAAGAGGCGUUAAAAUUACAAUCAGAGCUUAUUACAGUUUUGGGUAGAGCGGGUAUGGUUUUAAAAAAGUGGGCAAGUAACACAGAAGUCGUUUUAAAUAAUGUUUCGCCGGAUGAUCGUGUGAUAGGUAUGCUACCUUUUGAUGACCACGACGCUAUGGGCACGAAAGUACUCGGUCUCCAGUGGGACCACUGUAGAGAUACGUUUUACUAUCACGUACAGGCCGUCCCGGCCACUACUACUAAGCGAGACUCUAUAUCAUACUUCAAAUAUUGUACAUAUAUUGUGUUAGAAACAAGCUGUAUCAAAUUUUAG